CAGGACUUCGCGUCUGGUCCCUUCUCGGCAAGUUCUCUCCUCGAGUUUCCAUUUCCUCCUCCCUUCCCCGUCGCCCGUGCUUCUCAGAUCUUCUCGGACGUAAAAAUCAGAUCAGAAACUACAGAAGUAAUCUGCGUGGAGGUGAUUCGAUGAUGGAUUUACGGAUUUUAUUCCCCGCUCUCCUUCUUGUCUUCGGGUUGGCGACGGUUUUCGCUCAGACUCCCGCACCUGAUCAAGUGUGCGAGUCGAAAAAUGGGACAAACUGUGAGGAGUGUCUGAAAAAUGUGUCGUGUUUGUGGUGUAUCACAACCAAGACGUGUAUAACGUAUCCGGUGAGAACCAUCCUCCCUCCUCAUUCUGUCUGCCCGCUGAACGAUGCACGCUGGGGGCUCUGCUGGAUGAACUUCCAGAUAUUGAUAAUCACCUUGGCAGUGCUCGGUGGAGUUAUCAUCAUUGCCUUCUUCAUCUGUCUGUUCUGCUGCUGCAAGUGUGAGAACUUUGGAUCCAAAAGGUUCGAGGCCAAGAUGCAGAGACAGGCCGAAAAGACGAGAACCAAGCAGGAAGAAAGGAAGGCAGAGAUGAAACAGAGACAUGAGGAAAUCAGGAAGAAAUAUGGUCUAAGUGGACAAAAUCCAUACUCCAGAUUUGCCUGAGAGGAACUCUUUGAACUGAGAUUUCACACCGUGGCCUCUUAAAACCACAGAGACAUCCUUUCGGUUUUCAGACGCUGUUUAAAGGAAACAAUAACUAUGAAGAAUUUAGAAAAGUGAUAAUAGCUGUAUAUAGGCUGCCUUUAGCUCAUUCAGCCAAAUGAACAGGUCCGUUUAAAGAAGGCUGCGUUUACUGUGUUGACCUUGGAGGCUGUAGCUGAACUCUAGAAAAUGCACAUGUAGCUGCAGUGUUCUUUAGGACCAUAACAGUCCAUGCAGAGGUUCCUAUAGAUAUUUUAGAUAUACUAUAUAUAUUUAUUAGAUCGCUUAAUUUGGUCGGUGAACAAUCAUUGUCCUUUUGUUUUACUUUAACUGAUUGAUUUAUUUCUCCUGAGAUGCUGCUGAAUGUAGAAAUUACAGGCUAACCUAUUUUUGUACUUAAUUGUUCUUGUCUUUCAUUGUCAUUCAUUGAAUGUCAUUGCCAUGCUGAAACUAAACUGCUUGUGGCCAUUUCUGUUAUGUUACUGCUGCGUAUUCCACUGAGCGGAAUAAACGUAUUAUGUCUGCAAAACAAAUUCAUACCAUGAGGUCAAAAUGAUCACGUAAUCAUUGACUUGAGUAAAAUACUUUGAUCGCAAUGUUGGAAUCGAAGUCCUCCUAAUCAUUCUGUAUAUACUGUUAAGACGUGAAAACCUAAUUACAUUAAAGAAGGUUAACUGAUAAGUAAUUCUGCCUGUGGAACUGCCCUUUUGUUGUGUAUUUCCCACUUUGUGCUUUCAUUAAACUAAUUAUUGCAUUUUA